AUGGAUGCUGUGGACGCCACUGUGGAGAAGCUCCGGGCACAGUGUCUGUCCCGAGGGGCCUUGGGCAUCCAGGGCCUGGCUAGGUUUUUCCGCCGCCUGGAUCGGGACAAGAGCCGAUCCCUGGACUCGGGGGAACUCCAGCGGGGCCUGGCUGAGCUGGGGCUGGUGCUGGACGCAGCUGAGGCGGAGGGUGUGUGCAGGCGCUGGGACCGUGACGGCAGUGGGACGCUGGACCUGGAGGAGUUCCUGAGGGCACUGCGGCCCCCCAUGUCCCAGGCCCGGGAGGCGGUCAUCGCAGCUGCGUUUGCCAAGCUGGACCGCAGUGGGGACGGCGUGGUGACCGUGGACGACCUCCGGGGGGUCUACAGUGGCCGCACCCACCCCAAGGUGCGAAAUGGGGAGUGGACCGAGGAGGAGGUCCUCCGCCGCUUCCUGGACAACUUCGACUCCUCUGAGAAGGAUGGGCAGGUCACUCUGGCUGAAUUCCAGGACUACUACAGCGGCGUGAGCGCCUCCGUGGACACAGAUGAGGAGUUUGUGGCCAUGAUGACCAGCGCCUGGCAGCUGUGAGCAGUACACGCUUACCCAGCCAGCACCAUCGUAGUGUAGGACCCCCACCCUGGCCCCCGGGCCCUGGCCCCUCUCACCUGGGCUUCUAGCUGCACAGCGCCCAGGGUGGGGGGGCUACAGAGGAAUGUGGAAGAUUGAGGCUGUGGGACCGGCCGGACCGGGUCUCAGAGGACCCAGCUUGGCCAUCAGGUGGAAGGAGGACAAAGGUUCCAAGGUUGGGUCACUGGCUCAGAAUCCCUGUCCCUGCUGUGCUGACCUCAGGCCUCACAAAGCCACUGCAGAUGCCCCCCACCCUGCUUCCUCCCGUCUCUGCUCAGUGAAUCCUCGGCCCUGCCAGCAACGCCCUGCCCCUACGCGUGCCCCCCCACCCUGCCCCCACCCAGGGAAGCCAGACUGCCGGGGACAAAGCAAAGCUCAGCACGGAGGCGGCCAGUCUUGGAAGGCAGCCAAGUGUGGUGACCUGCCCGGACGUGCAGUGGGGCGCAGGGGCCCCAGGCUGGCCCGGGAGCCGGAGGCUGUUCUUGGCCAGGCUGUCUGGCUUCCUGAGGCCCCUGGGGCAUGCAGGAGGCCAGGUUUUUAGUUAAAAGUUUUAAUGUAGUUCCCAAAUACAUUUCAUAUGACAAUCUUACAUAAAUGUUCCAAAACACAUGGGCAUUAUCUGGUUUUACUUGUCACUAGUUGGCUAAGGCUUAAAGCAGAGAAGUGUGACCGGAUCUGCUGGGAGGGCCUUUGGUGUCUUCCCAUGGCUCAGGCUCAGGCUGCACACGACCGACCCGAGGUGUGGGUGGUGUAGCUGCACAGAUGAGGCCUUCUCACCCUCUGAGGGCAGGGCUGGGCAGUUUCCUCUGAAAUCCCUUGGGGCCCUGUGCACAGGACCAUCUUCACAGGCCUUCCCAGGUGCAUGAUGCCCGGCUGGCUCUUGGCCACGCUCCAGGGUGGGGGGGUGGGCAUAGCGCCUGCUCCCGUGGGGGAUGGCCAGUCGCCGGGAACCAGUCCCCUGCCCCCUCCUCGAAGGCCCUGCCAAGGUCCCCCUCUGCCUCUCACAGAGGACCCCAGCCCUGGAUGGUCUUGGGGGCGGUGAGGUCCAGGGCUGGGCAAGGAAUGGCCAGCGGCAGGAAGCAGUUCUGCGCCUGGGUGCCAGAUGGUGGGUGACCGACGUGAUGGGGACAGGCAGGAAGGUGCAUGGGGACCCUCCCAGGGUCCAGCGACCCUUUUCUAGGUAAGCUCUCUCCAGGUCUGGGGCCCAACCCCUCAACACGUCAGCACUGGGCCUGAAGCACCCCUGGGUAGGGAACAAGCGGGGGCCUGACCCCCACCCCAGCACAGAGGCCAGGAGCACAGGGAGGAGGAGGAUGUGGCCCAGGAUGGAGCUGCGCCCAAUCGAUGCACAGG